GCCAUAUACGAUUAUUAUUCGCGCGAUCUCUCUAAUUCUUCAAAGACUAAUGAAAGCAAUGAUUAUAAUGCUAGUUUAAUGACAAACCGAUUGCAGAAUAAUUGAAAUUAAUCGAAGAAAAUGAUUAAUAAUAAUGGCAACAACAACAAUAAUAAUAGCAAUAAUAAUAAAGAAAACAAACCAUAGUUUAAAAAUAAACCCAUUACGAGAAAAGGGUAUACAGUACCGUUUUAGUACUGAGAAGGCUGAGGUUUGAAUCGUCCUCACUGAUAAUCUUACACCGCAUCUCACCUAUAUUCAUAAAAAAGCUCAGGACGACCGGAUCACUGGAACAAUCUGGACCAAGCAAUAGUUACCACACACGAAAUGUGCCCUCCUUCGAGGCCCUUAUAAGUUCUAUGUAACUUACCAAGGCUGCGCUAUGCAUCUAUAUUGUUCGUACAAGGUGGCAUAGUAAAAUAAAGUGAAGUGAAGUGAAUCACUAUAACUCCUAGGUUUCCGAAAGCAGGUCUUCUGUAUUUUUACAUGCGCAGUGUGCAACCACUGCACCUAAAAUAUUCACUUGCUUACGUCAGUAGGUUCGGGUGUGGAUCCUCGCCUCGGUUGGCUCUUGCUUCUAGCACAGAUCUACCACACGAUAACGCGUUCUUUUGAUAUCCAAAUCACUGUUCCAAGCGGUAUACCAUGUCAUUCUAUCGGUUACGACCACACAAAGGCUGUAGGGUGGGGCGGGAGUGGAGGGGGCUAGCGGUGAUUUUUACCUCGAUAACCGAAUACGAGUUUAAAACCCCAACAGCCGAUACAGUGGGGAUGAUUUGUACUUCGAUAAAAAGAAAAACAAAUAUAAGGCAAUAGUAUAAAAUACAAUGGUUAAUAGUUGGCUACAUCGCCGUCCUUUUUCUCAGUGACCGACAUAAAAGACCGCUGCGCGGGAGACUAAAUGCUGAUUUAGACAGCACGAUUUAGUCGUAUGCUACCUGCCUACGGCAUGUCUUAGCCCUGAAUUACACACUAAGACUUAACGUCGUCGAACAUCUUAGAGAAGCCGUAGGCUAAUUUUACACUUUACGACAAGAGUUGUCGAGGUGUCGGAUACAACGAAAUCGUGUCUAAACUCUUUUCACAGUUUCCGGUCUAUCUAGAACAUAGAAUGUCUGCAGGUUAAAAUCCCAAAAGAUUGCCACCUUAUUAUAUUUAAAAUAAGUUCAUGAUACACUUUAUCAGUUCUGGUAUUCAUAAGUACUCUAAUGUUUCACUGAAAUGUUGCCAAACCUUUUCAAGUUCAGGUAUCUUAGCCCUUAGGGAAGAAUUGUGCCGGACCUUCAAACAUGCCUCAAACCAUGUCACAUAUCUUUUUAGACAUCUUUUUAGAGAUCUCGUCUCGGAUUCUAUCAGUACUCCUAUUUGAAAUGAUAUGAAAUGUCAAACAGUGUAUGGCCCGAAUUGCGCCCAACUUGAUCUUCUUAGCUUCAGCAACGCCUCACUUCGCCGAAAAGCUCUCUUACACUCUUAAAGUCUGUCGCUCAGAUAUAUUAACAUGUAACAUACAAAUUGGUACUCUUCAGUCCCGUGUAAGGAGACUUACUGUGCUAAUUGACAAACAGACACUGCGCCGCCUUUUAACGUCGUGUUAAUAAUUCAGACCAAAUUUGUCCGCAAGAAAUAGGGCCUCAGGACACUUGCAAGUAGUACCACACGAAUAACUCACAAGUCUUAGAUUCUUUGUAUUCCUUUAGGAACCGACCCUUUGAUAUCCGAAAGGUCGGUGACAAAAAUCAAAAAAUGAAUUCUGGCAAUAUCUAGCAAAAAGGAUCGAACAAGCAGUCCUUUGCAAGAAAGCACAGCGACAUUCCAGAGAUUGAAGAAGAAAAAUAGAAGCCAAUUGCCCUGCGAGAAAACAAUAUAAUCGAGCAACAGAAAAAUCUGUUACCUCCCGUCAAAUAUCUCAUGGUCGGUCCCUUAUCGUAUCCAUUACAAAAUUGGGUGAUUUACUAAUAUCCGGUACUUGGUUCUAAUUAAAAUACUGUUCUAGAAGCUGGGCAGCGAUUAACAUGCGUUAAUCGUUCAUUAAGUAAUGUUUUGGUAAGCCUAACGCUUCUUGCUUUGUUUGAGUAUGAAUACACUUGUUAAAAGAAUAAUACAUUUAUGGGGAGUACCUUUACGUGUUUUGUGGAGGUGUUGAGUGACGAGGAGUAUAGAUAGCUGGAACAGGUGCGUGUAAACCACGUAAACUGAUGCCAUGAAUUCUAGCACUGUCAGGGUUACAGGCUUGGCCUUCCAGACGGUGUGCUUAAACCUAGUCCUUGUUGGGUGAAUGCCUCUCACGAACGGGUAUAUAUAGGGCGAUUUAACAACCCCUAUCACCACUACAACAGAAAGAAAUCGCAAGACUACAAAAUGGUCUGGAAGGUCAUUUUCACGUGCCUUUUUCUUGUGUUUCACCUAGUGCAAGGUGUUCCAUUCUUCAAAAACCAUUAUGACUCUGAGCACGAAAUCCUGGGACUGUUGGAAGACUCGCAAUUCGGAUAUUUCCAGGACCCUAAACCUUUAAAGAAAGUUCAGCCCGCCCCCUGUGCAUUCACACGAGAAGGCUGUUGUAAUGACGGCGAGACCCGAGCCUUAGGACCCCAGCGACAGGGUUGUGAUGUUCUUCUCUGCACCGACAUGUAUGUACAGAGUUGCUGGGACAAGUUCGACUCAGGAACGCUGAACUGCAAUUCUAAAUUUGAUAGGGAUGGCUGCAAAUUCAGUUGUGCUCAAUGCAAGGCUCAAUCUCCGCCAAUCACCGAAUGCUUGAGACGCCGACCUGCCCACGGGUGCUGCUGGGAUGGAAAAGUCGCACUAGAACCCAAUGGAGCGGACUGCAUGAAGUGCGAGGACGUGUAUAAGAAUGCGUGCCUAAUAUUCAAGGACAUCAGUGGAGGUUGCCGCUCAGGAUCAUGGGGAAUAAGACGAUUUAUGCUCGGCUACUGUCCAGAGACGUGUGGAUUCUGCUCAAUGGCAGCGAAUGGACCCAAAGCAUAGAAGUAUGAUUGCUGCGAUGCAGGAAUUAUCUCUCAAGGAUUUACACGUUUCAGGACAGACAGAGCGGAAAAUAAUUUAAAAAAAAUAUUAUCCCUGUCUACCUGCAGAGGUCACUCAUAUCGAAAAAUGAGAUCAGAUCCUUAAUUCGUAAUACUUAGUGAUUGUAAAACUUGCUUUUUAAGUAUAAAACGCGAUUUCAUAAAAAAUUAACCGAUUUAGUAAUGUGUACGCAAAUCAAGCAUAACUUAAAAUCAAAAUCGUAUUGCUUUAUGGAACCAUUUAAGGCAAAUGCAAGAUUGUAAGAAUAAAAGUAUAUUUGAGUUGCAA